AUGGCUCCAACAGCCCAGAAACCACUUGUCGGCCACUUCGACUGGCCUGCAAUGAACCCACCACGGAACUCCAGCCGUCUGCACCACUCCCACUCUCAUUAUGAGAGCCCCUUCCAGCAGUUCGACAUGAGGCCCGGCGUGCUCCAAUCCACAGCAGACUUCCUGUCCCAGCAGCUCGCAGACCUCGGCGCCGACCUGGCCCGGCAGCCACUGCUCCUGAAGGUGUUUCUGGUCGCGUGCGGCGCCGCCAUCCUGGGACUGGCGCUGUUUCUCGCCUGCGCCAGGAGGCGCCUGGAGAAGCAGCAGCAGCGCCUGCACGAGUGCCGACGCCACUUUUACGAGGACGGCGACGACCAAGAUUUCCCCGUAUGCGAAAAGGCUCUCGGGCCCUGA